AUGGACAAUUUGUCCUUUGACGAUCCUUCGUUGGAUAAUCUGGAUCCGACGUUGUCGCUGAAUGACCCCAGUGAUAUUGACACGGCCCUCUUAAACGACAUUGAUGUUAUGCUUAAGCUCCUCCACCAGGAAGGGGAACUUGGAGGAAUUUUUGAUAACCCCCCAUACACAGGACCCUCCACCAAUGUGGAACUUUCUUGUCCGCCCCAGGCUGUCACAUCGUCCGCUUCCCUCUCCACCUCAACUUCACCUCCAUCCGUUUCUUCUUCUUCCUCCAUUCUAAGCAGCAGCCCCCACCUGGAUGCACUCCUGGGCCCUCCUAUCACCCGUAGUUCCUCCACCCCAGACAAGGCCUUCCAGCCAAGCACCUUUCAGCAGUCUCCCCUCGCCCAGGUGUCUGUCUCCCCUCCACGUCAGCAGCCAACCUCCCCACAGCAAACUCAAGACCAUAGACUGACCAAAGUAGAACUGUCCCAACCGGUUGCGGGCCAGUCUGCUUCCGCCCUAGGGGCUUCACCUCACGGCUCACCGCGCCCAAACCCCGGAAUUAGCACAUCCCCAAAACUAUUCUCCUCCCUGUCACCGCCCCAAACACCACCCCAAGCUCCCAACCAGCAGCAGACGCAACUUCAGAACCAGACUCUCAACAUAAGCCAGAACAGCUUCAUAGCCGGAAGCCCCAGCAGCGUGAGCCAACCGGUCGCCACCGUAUCCUCUUCGCCACCGAAGUUUCAACCAAUGGCCAUUCAGACCCCGCUCCAAGGGUUGACCACAACUUCUCCUCUGCUAACCGCUUCUGGAAGCCCACCUACUCAGACGCUCGCAUCUCACGUGCAGCAAGUACCUAUAAGUGUGUUCCUGCAGCCCCAGUUUAUCAAAGCUGAGCCUUUGCUGUUGACUACUCUUAAAAAUGACCCCUGCAUAGUCACCACCGUGCCCCCAUCCACAUCCCUGGCUACUACCACGCCAGUUCAGAGCACUUCACUACAGGCUUUUGUAGGCGGUGGCACCUUCCUGGCGACGGUGCCUGUUGUGGUGGAUGCUGAGAAGCUGCCAAUCAACCGCAUCGUCAACAAUGGUAAAACAAGCGGCUUCCCGGCCAAAGGGGAGAAGCGUACGGCUCACAACGCCAUCGAGAAGCGCUACCGCUCAUCCAUCAACGACAAAAUCAUCGAGCUCAAAGACUUGGUGGCGGGUACCGAAGCUAAGCUCAAUAAAUCAGCCGUGUUGAGAAAAGCCAUCGACGUGAUCCGUUUCCUGCAGCAAUCCAAUCAGAAGCUCAAACAGGAGAACAUGGCGCUGAAAAUGGCAGCCCAGAAAAACAAAUCUCUCAAAGAUCUGGUUGCCAUGGAGGUGGACAGACCAGCUGACGUCAAGACAGAGCUGCCCACCCCGCCGGCGUCGGACGUGGGCUCACCCUCUUCUUACUCCCACUGCGGUAGCGACUCUGAACCUGACAGCCCGAUGGGAGAGGACACCAAGCCAAAUGUGGGCAUGUUGGACCCGUCAGCGACAGUCGGCGGUGGCAUGCUCGACCGCUCUCGCAUGGCGCUUUGUGCCUUCACCUUCCUCUUCUUGUCCCUCAACCCUUUGGCCAACCUGCUGUGCUCGUCCGGCGGCGGAACGGCUAGCGGCGUGUCUGGCGCAGCACAUCACGCGGGCAGCAGGAAUGUUCUGGGUUUGGACAUAGCAGCUGAUUCAUGGGGCUGGAUGGGCUGGAUGCUACCGACAAUCCUAGUGUGGCUUUUGAACGGCAUUUUGGUGUCUGGAGUUCUGAUCCGACUUCUGGUCUAUGGCGAGCCUGUAACCAGACCUCAUUCUGGAUCUUCCGUCUUAUUCUGGAGGCACCGCAAGCAGGCAGACUUGGAUCUGGCAAGAGGAGAUUUUGCCCAAGCCAGUCAGAACCUUUGGACUUGUCUGAAAGCUCUGGGGCGUCCCUUACCCACCUCCCAGCUUGACUUGGCUUGCGCCUCGCUUUGGUCGCUCCUCAGAUUCUGCCUUCAGCGACUUUGGGUGGGCCGCUGGCUGGCCGCCAGGGCAGGUGGCUUGCGAUCAGACCGCCCCUUGCAGGAGGACGCUUGCAAGAGCAGUCGAGAUGCUGCCCUGGUUUACCACCGCUUGCACCAAUUACACAUGACAGGCAAGUUGAACGGUAGCCACCUGUCAGCCGUGCACAUGGCUCUGAGUGCAGUCAACCUGGCAGAAUGCGCUGGCUCCUGUCUUCCUGUCGCUUCGCUGGCGGAGGUCUAUGUAUCUGCGGCGCUCCGAGUCAAAGCCAGCCUGCCAAGGAUCCUGCACUUCACCUCCCGGGUUUUCCUAAGCAGCGCACGUCAGGCGUGCCUGUCAUCCAGCGGCAGCGUUCCUCCAGCCAUGCAGUGGCUCUGCCACCCUCUGGGUCAUCGCUUCUUCGUGGAUGGAGACUGGGCCAUUCGUAGCAUCCCCAAAGAGAGCAUCUACAGCCAGGCUGGCAACACUGUGGACCCUUUGGCUCAAGUGACUCAAGCCUUCAGAGAACACCUGCUGGAAAAGGCUCUUUAUCGUGUGGCCCAGCCAAAAGGAGAGAAAACCCCCAGUCACAGCGAGGGGGAGUACGCGGACGCUCUGGAGUAUCUACAGUUACUUAUUAGCGCGUCUGAUGCAGCCGGCGCCACCUCCCAGUCCUUUGCUAUUGGCUCCAACAUGGCCACCGUGACAGGCUGCGACCCCCACUCCAAAUGGUGGUCCUCAGUUGCCGUGGUGAUCAUCAACUGGCUCCAAGGAGACGACACGGCCGCCGAGAGGCUGUAUCCGACCGUCGAGCACCUGCCACGCACUCUCCAGAACGUGGAGAGUCUCCUUCCCAAAGCCUGUCUUAACACCUUCCGUGCUGUCCGUGCUCUACUGUCCAAACCUGAAAACUGCCAGUUGAGUCUGAGCCACAGCGACAAGGCCAGCGCCCUGCUCCGAGACAGCCUCAACUUGGGCCCGCACUCCCACAGCUCUAGUUUAGACAAGGUUGUCCAGUUGCUGCUGUGUGACCUCCUACUAGUGAUGAGGACCAACGUGUGGCGUCUGCAGCAACAGGGCGCAGCCGUACAGGGUCCGGCGUGUCCGGGAACAGGCCCCGCGGGCAUCCACCAGGCCUCACCACCUGAGCUCCAAGGCUUUCAGCAAGACCUCAGCUCCUUACGCAAACUGGCACAGAGUUUCAGGCCGGCCAUGCGAAGGUUGUUCCUCCACGAAGCCACGGCGAGGCUAAUGGCGGGGGCUAGUCCCACUCGCACGCAUCAGCUUCUGGACCGCUCGCUGCGACGAAGAGCUACACCCGGAACAAAGACAGAAGAGUGCGAGACGCGACCAGGCCAGCGUGAGCAGGCGGAAGCGGUGAUGCUAGCAUGCCGUUACCUACCACCGUCCUUCCUGUCAGCCCCUGGCCAGCGGGUGGGCAUGCUGGCGGAUGCCGCCCGCACUUUGGAGAAGUUGGGCGACAAGCGCACCCUCCACGACUGCCAGCAAAUGAUCAUCAAGCUAGGCAGCGGCACUACCGUCGCCAACAGCUAG